CCGAGGCUUUCACUCCAUUUCCAAGCACACAUUUAUUACUCCUAGUUAUACCAGUGUUUUACCUUCAGGCCAGCUCCUCACUCCCCACCUCAGGGACUAGCUUAGGCAGCCAAGUUCAUUCUCAGGAGCUUUAUCAACUGUCGCAGUAUCUACAGGAAGCACUGCAUCGAGAGCAGAUGUUGGAGAACAAGCUGGCCACACUCCAGAGGCUGGUCUCCAGUACACAAGAGGCCUCUGAGUCUGGAUGGCAGGCCCUAAUAGAUGAAGAUAGGUUGCUGUCCAGGUUAGAGUGCUUAGAAAACCAACUUCAUAUUUAUGGCAAGAACCACACAGAAGAGUCCUUGCGCCAGGAGUUGGUGGCACUGCAGGAAGAUAAGAGCGUCUACGAAACCACCGCUAAGGAAUCUCUUAGGAAAGUAUUGGAAGAAAAACUUGAAGCUGUGCGAAAGCUGUCAGAUUUAGAGCGAUCAUAUAGCAAUACAGAAGAUGAGUGUAGCCACCUCCGGCAGUUGUGUGAGGGAGCCCAGACAGAGCUACAGGAGCUGGCAGAGAAACAUGAGACUCAGCUCAAAGCUGUAGCUGAAGCAGAGCAAAAAUUACAGGAGGCUGAGCUUACGCACAGUGAAGAGUUAGAAAAAGUUAGACAAGAAAAGACAGACCUGGAAGGCAAACUUGAGGACAUGAUCAACCAAGAAAAUACUCUGUCUGCCAAAGUGGAGUCAUUACAGGCAGAUAAUGAUUUCACAAAAGAGCAACUGACUGCCAUGAAAGCUCGCCUAGAGUCCCUUAAAGAGCAGAGCUCAGGGAUAGACAAGGAAACUGACUCACAGAGUGUACAGGUGGACAUCAUAUCUAUAGACAAGUUAGACAACGAAAGUCAGGAGAACAGUAAAGAACUGGAAGACCUGAAAACCUCUGCUGCUACAGUUACUGUUACUGCUGGUGUGAAUGUUGUGGAUACUGAUAGUAGCGAUAACAGUGACAACUCUGAGUCAGAGACAAACGGGGAUUUUAAUAAGGAUGAUGUCACAGACGGUGACAGUGCCGAGGUGGCUUUUGUAAAAGGUAAGGCCAG